GAGAGGGAAAAAGGUGAUGUCUUUGUGCACUUCCACUGUGAAAAUGUGAAUUUUUUAUUCACGAGAUUCAAACACAAAGAUCAAAGAUCAUGAAUUCGUUAUUCCUUUCUCACUUUAGAUCUCGUUUUCUCUCUCUUCCAUUCCCCCAAAUUCAUCACCUCUCCAGUUUUUUGGAGUUAUGGCCGACGCCGACGAUGUGGUCAACGGCCUAGCCAGCGCCGGCGGUGGAUUUAUCGCUCACCUCGUUACAUAUCCUCUCCAAACUUUGAUUAUCCUUCGUUUUGUUAGGUAAAUGCUCGGCAACAAAUAGAGAGAAAUCGGAAUGAGAGGGGGAAAAUUGGGGCUUUAGAGCAAAUGUAUCAUAUUGUAGAGCAGGAAGGGUGGGAGCAGCUGUAUGGAGGAUUCGCUCCGUCGCUCGUCGGCAUUGCGACGUCUGAGUGUGUUCACAAAUAUAUCUAUCAAAAAUUCAGGAACAAGGCUGAGGCUACUGCUCUGGCUGGGUUUGUAAGCGUGCUGUUGACAAAUCCUAUUUCACUGGUCGUGACUCGCAUGCAGACUCACACAAAGAAAAGCCAACCGAAUCCUACAGAUCUUCUGUCUCCUGAAGAUGUGAUUCCAUCUGCAGUCGAACCUCCACCCUUCCGUCUUAGCCAUGCGAUUCAAGAAGUCUAUGAUGAGAGGAGAGUCUUAGGAUUUUGGAGAGGUGCUUUGCCUACACUAAUCAUGGCAAGCAAACCUUCAAUACGGUUUAUGUUGUAUGAGCCUCUCUUGAAGGAGCUGAAGAAGCAAAAGCAGCUUUCAGGCAAUAAGCGUAACCGUAACGUCACUAGCCUUGAGAUAUUUUUGCUGGAAACUUUGGCAAACCUUGGAGCUACAGUUGUGACAUAUCCUCUUCUUGUUAUCAAGUCACGACUUCAAGCAAAGCAACAAUUUGAACACGAAAGACAUCAACACGAAGGCACUGUGGAUGCUAUCGACAAGAUGAUACGCUACGAAGGUUGGUACGGUUUCUACAAAGGGCUGAGCACAAAAAUCGCACAAAGCGUGCUAGCAGCUGUGGUUCCUUUCAUGCUCAAGGAAAAACUUGUCGAGGGCGCCAACUGGGUGCUAUUUCAGACUGGUAUCCUCUUUUUCAAACUUUUGUAUGCAAUCUAGAUGCAUAGACACAAAUAACUUAUAAAAUAAGCCUUUUGUCUCAUGUUGUUUGAGUUGUGCACUUGUACUCCUCCAUCUCAUUAUAAGCGAGUUAUAUACUAAGCUUUAGUAAUGGUAAUUAUUUGUUUGCGGUGAUUAA